UGUGCAAGCGAAAUAGAGAAACGUCUUGAUAUGCAUGGGACGGUGCAUUCGCCGCAGUGCUGCUUUCCGAAGCAGGUUAGACGACUAAGCGUGAUCGACACAGGGAAGUUCACACGACCACACCUCAGCGAGUGAGGGCAAUCACGACCCAUCCGCUCGAGACACGAUGCGCACGCCAAUGCUAUCGCCAUAGCCUCCUCGCCACCAGGUGAACACCACAGCCACCACACCCAUGGACGCCAUACCCAUCGCCGAGCUCACGCCAGAGCUCCCGGGCCUCGCAACCCAGCACAUCCGCGGCGUCGUAACCCUCAUAUGGCCGUACUCGUCUUCGGCGCGCAGCUUCGCGCUGCUCCUCGGCGACCCUGACUUCCGCCGGCGCCGCAAGAAUGGGCAGGUCCGCGUGCGCUUCUCGGGCUCGGGCGCGCGCGCGAUCGCCAGCACGGGCGUGGGCAUUGGUGAUGAGAUCGUGCUGGGGCUGCGCGGCGUGGGGUUUGUGCGGGACAGCCAUGUCAGCACGCCCGGGAAGAGUAUCGAGUGGGAGCUGGAGUAUGGGCAGACGCUAGGCGCGACGGUUGUACGAGGGGGAGAGGAAUUGGCGGUACUAGAGCUCGACGAUGUCACGCCUACGCCUGCACCUGCGUCGCCCGUGAGGGCAACGCCGCGUAUGGAGAGGGGAGCCGCCGGCCAGUGGAAUUCGCCGGCGUAUCUCAAGCGCUUGAGAUUGUCGAAUGGGCCGGUGCUUGCGCCGUUCGACCCGUUUGCGGACGACAUCGAGGAUGCGCACGCGAAGAAGCGGCGGAGGAGGUCGUAUAGGGACUGGAAUGCGUGGACGUACCUGGCGCGCACACCGUCGCCGGAGAAGGAAGAUACAGAUGUGGAUAUGGACCGAGAGGGUCAUCGGGACGGGUCGCCGAUCCGUCCGGUGUUGCCUGCGACUCCUGUCUCCCCAUCGAAAGCUCCGGCAGAUGCUCAUAUGGGCGAAGAACUGGACCGAGGACAUGUAUCUCCGCAAGGUGGCGCACAUAAUCUCAUCGGGAUUGCUCACAGUGAGGUCGAGGACCAAUCAUCUGAAUCCAACCAAUUGGCGAACGAGGAAGCAAACGAGGACCUCGUAAUUGAUGCUGAGUACUACGACUCGUAUGCCGCGCCCGAUGAACAACAUGCUGGACAAGCUCAAGUCGUUGAGUUGAGCGACACCGUGUCGGAUACGGAGGAGGAUGAAGAGGGAGUCGAUGCUGAGGUCCAAGAGAUUCUUUCAAGUGACGGCGAGCUCGCCGAGAGAGACGACUUCAAUGUUCAUGAGGCAAUUGAGGAAGAAGACGCUACAGCGUCUGCACCAACAGACAUGUUUCGAUUUGUGGAGUCGCAUAUCACCACUGAGAUGCAGCCGAAGGAGCAGGACAUUCCAACGGAAGAAACAUCUGACCCGCGCGUGCAAGACGAUCCGCAGACGUGUGGCGAUCUAACACCGCUGGAUAGUACCUCAAAAAAUGCACCUCAGCUCGUCAUGCCGCCUCCACCAACACUGUCUCUUCUCCAAACAGACUUCCACACCCCUUACGUCCCGGGUAUGUUGACUCCUAUCGGCAAGGAGCCUUCCAGUCCGAAUCUGCAACCUCUAGACUCCUCCACGCUUCCCAUGCCGUCUCCGUUCCCUGGUGGACGCGAAGGCAACAUAUCCUCCUACCUGGACUACGUCAGCACUCCGCGGCAGUCGCGGCCUCAAAGUAUUGCAGGCGAUGUCAGACAGGAAGUGCCUGAUGAUGAAGCUGAUUACAUCCUGGAGACGAGCUUUUAUAGUUCCGUAAGCUCUGCUCGUGCCCCGGCUUUCCAGCCAACGCAUGAGUCUGCGUUCACUGAUGUGCGGUUCACGUUUGGGAUGGAUGGUGCUGCUUUCUCCCGACCGCAGACGGCUUCGGGGGCGAACAAAGCCGAAGACCAGCCCGCUGGGGCGGUCGAGGGCUUCGUUGGAGCUCGAGAAAACUCGCCAAUCCGUGCCAAUGAUCUGGCAGAUCCAAAUGGCGACACCGGAGAGGAUCACGGGCCAUUUGAUGAUUUUCUUGCGAGCUCUCCGGUAGAAUCACACGCGGCGCACCGGGUUGAGCCAACAGAGACGUCGGUUCUGCCCUCUAGCCCCAAGGCUGGUAACGUCGCUCCCGCUGAACAACCGGAUGAACAGUUGAAGGAACAGUCUGGAGAACGACUGGACGAGAAGCCUGACGUACAGCCUGAUGGACAGCCGGAAGAACAGUUAGACGAACAGCCAGACGUCGAAAUGGCUGAAGAAGCGCCUGAGGCCCACGACGAAAGCAGCCUUGAUGAAGUCACCGGCGAUGAUUUACCCAUAGAUGGUGAGCGGGAUAACCAGCUAGACGUCUCAAUGGCUGAGUUUCCACACAAGAGUGACAACGGAGACCAUGUCGAGAUCCAUGGAUCAGCUACACUCAACACCCAGGUCGCUCGAGCAGAGCUCGAUGACCAGACAGGCACUACUGAGGCUGGAACCGAGAAUGCCGCCAAGAACGCGGAUUCUCUGAGCUCUUACACAGAUACCGGGCGUGACUCAGAACUACAACAGUCUGCUCCCAUUUCGAGAGUCGAAGUCGUCGAUCUUGGACCCUCUUCGGAUGUGAGCGGUAGUGAUGAGAACGAGAUAUCAGAUCAGGAGUGGAAAUUUCCCAUAUCCGUUGAUGUUGCUCAAGAUGAAAACGACGAAGAGCACGCGCCUGGGGACCAGUCGGAGCGGGAUCGCAGCGAAAACGAUGCGCAAGAAGCGUUGGAGUAUCCACCAUCGUCGCAGUCUGCUAAGAACGAUAUCACAAUUGACAAAGAGGAUACCGGGUCGGAGCAUGUCAAGGCGGAACCUACAGAGGAAAUUGACAUCAGCAAUGCAGUAAGCCCAGGCGCAGGAAUUGAGGACCCAUCUACAUCCUAUCUUCAUUUGGGCCAUGAGGAUACCAAAAUAGAAUCAGUCGAAGAAGUGUUCGACGAUACCAUUCAACAGAGAGACAUUCAAGAUGAGAAUGAAUCUACGAUCGGCGAUGAUGCCCAGCUCCUCAUAGCUGUUCCGGCAGAGGGCCAUAAAGUAGGUGAACUCGAAUUUGUGGCAGUCCCUGAUGCUGCGCCGGCCAGAAGCACCCGGUCCAAAACAAAGUUGUCCACGUCCCCUGAGAAGGAAGCUCAUGUGCCCGCACGAAGUACUCGAUUUCGAAAAAGAGGAUCGUUGGCACCUCUUUCUCAAUUAUCCCAAAGAACAAUAUCACCACCGGCGACUCGGUCGACAGGGACAGUCACACCCACGCCUACACAAGAAAGCUUCUCAGCAUCCCCUUACAGCCUGCGAUCCCAGUCCAAACAUCUUUCUCCGACAAAGUCCUCCUUGGCAAGUACCAAGAAGAUACGUUCCCGUAAACGCUCAACGCAAACGGGGUCGAGCGCGGAGCCUUCGCCACAGCAAGCCUCCUUCACCCAACAGUCGUCGACCACAGACUUUGACUUCCCCUGGACAAACUUUGGGCCGUCUCAGGAACUGGGCAAUUCUCAGGGCAAGUUCUCGAACGUGCCCUGUGUGAAGGACUCCGAAGAAGGCAGCGUACACUCUGAACAAUCCCUUUCCACUGUGCAGUACUCUGAUGACUGGAACAUGGACAUAAAAUUCAGCGAUCCGCCAGUCCCAGAUACGCAAGUGAAAGAGCUCAGCUCGACGCCAAGGAAAACUCGCACCACAAGUCGGCAACCUACUUCGCCCGUAACACCAGUGCAAAAAGCGGGCACGCAAGUCGCCAGGACAACGAGAAGUGCUUCGAAACAGUCAGUGUCGUCAGUCGCUACUCAACUGCCUCUGAGCAGCCCGAUCAGGUCAGCUCGUUCGGUUGUUUCGCUUGGAAUCGUGACGAGUAGUCCCCGCAGGUCGCGUCGUGUAAACAAGGAUUCGGCCGAUCUUCUUGUAGAGAGCGAUACUGAUACUGAUAUGGAGAGGUCACCUCCAGCACCUUCUCAACUCGAAGAGAGCGAUCUCACUGGCGAAGCAGGUACUUAUGCGCCCAGCUCACCGCCAGCUGACAAUGCCCGGACCGCCACCGCAAACCAGCAUUCUCUUCUCAUGACCCCAGAAGAUACACAGCACGCGCUCGUCGAGGUACAGCCUAGUUUGUUGAGAUAUCAAGAGCAAAGCCUCCCAAUGACACCACAGCUAACACAAUCCGUUGCUGCCACGCGCCACUCUCUGGAAGCCAGCUCUUUCGAAGCAGAAGAAUCUACCCUUAUACAACCUCCGUCAAUCUUCCCAACGACGCCUCGCCGCAACGCAACAGCUACCGACGUAGCCUCACCAUCGGCUUCACCCAGACCCAGCGUGCGCUCUGCUUCCGAGGAAGAAGCCGACGUCGCCGAGGUCGAAAAACCCUCCAUCGGUCUGUCCACCCCAGUAGCCUAUUACACCCCCCUCAAAGACCUCCCCUACUUCAUCAACCGCUCUUCAUCUUUCCACUCCGCCGGCUCUCCCGACGUCCUCGCGCUCGUCACGACCGCCUCCACACCGCCUACCCGCGCAGUCAAAGGGCCCAAGCACCACACAACCACCCUGCACAUCACAGACCUCUCCCUAUAUCCCUCCCAAACCACAGUCCAGAUAUUUCGCGUCUACGCCGACGCACUCCCUGUCGCGGAAGCCGGCGACGUCGUCCUUCUGCGCGCCUUCAGCGUCAAGAGUCUGAAUCGGCAUCCGUGUCUCGUCAGCGGAGAUGAGAGCGCGUGGUGUGUUUGGCGCUAUGGCAAGCCGCUGUGGGGGAAGAAGCGCGGCGCUUUUAGUGAAGUGCGGAGUCGCGAGGAGGUUAAGGGACCUGCUGUUGAGCGGGGGGAAGGCGAGUGGGGAGAGGUCGAGAAGGUGAGGGCGUGGUGGGUAAAUGUUGUGAAGCAGGAGGUCGAGGAGAAGGCGAGGGUUACGAGGAGUAGGGAUAAGGGCGGUGAGGGGUUACAGUCGCAGUCGCAGUCGCAUUCGCAGUCUCAGGGGUUGGAGUAGGAGGGGCGACGCAGGCUCACGGUCAGGAUGGGGUUGGGUACGAUCUGAGGGAUCUAAGGGAGCAGUAAGUGGAUCGCACCUGUAGGGGCCGACAAAGCAGUGCUGAGCAUCCCCAUGGAAAUGGAAG